AUGUCACAUUGUUCUGUAGUCUGAAUGAUUUUAUUCUGACAUCACCUCUCCCAUGAGGCGAGUUCUGGUUGUUUGACAAGAAGAAUUAAUAUCCAAGUCCUUAUUUGUAGCAAACAUUGGGGAUUUGGUAAAGUAGCAGCUUUACAUUUAUUGGGAAAUUAAAGAUUUGGGUAAUAAAAUCAGAAAAUAUUUUCCUGCAGUCUUAUUUUCCUCGUGUGUUUUAUAUUUGCCAUAAAUCCAGAGGAUUUUUUGUUCCUACUGCAUUACGGUGCAGUAAAAAAAUAACUUCUCACAGCUUCUGGGUUAUGCUUUAAUUUCAUAAAGUGCUGAUAUUUGUGGGGUCUUUUUUCCUCCUGAAACUUGAAUAAUUAUGUGCUAAAAGCAUCUAAAUAAAUUUUUUUAUUAAAAGUUUCCCAGGUGUAAACUUAGACUCCUGUUUAAAAUGAGCAGUAAUUGCAGGGAUGAAAUAUUUCUCCUGUUUUCUCUUCAGAAAACCUUGAAAAGGUUCUUUCAGCUCUAGAGAAAGCAGAAGAAUACAUGGCCCUCACUGACAACUUCAGUGGAAAGGGUUAUGUUAUCCAGAAAAGGGAGAAGAAGCCAAGUCUGGAACCAGAUAAACCAGCAGAAGAUAUCUACACAUAUGAGGAAUUUCAUCCUUUCUUGUUUUCUCAACAUUCAAAAUGUCCCUACUUGGAAUUUGACUCAUUCAAUAAGGCUACAGAUGAGUUCUACUCCAAGCUGGAGGGGCAGAAGAUCGAUCUGAAGGCCUUGCAGCAGGAAAAACAAGCAUUGAAGAAACUUGAAAAUGUCCGUAGGGACCAUGAGCACAGACUGGAAGCUCUCCAGCAGGCUCAGGAAGCUGACCAGCUGAAGGGGGAGCUGAUCGAGGUGAACCUGGAGGUGGUGGACAGGGCCAUCCGCGUGGUGCGCAGCGCCCUGGCCAACCAGAUCGACUGGGCCGAGAUCGGCGCCAUCGUCAAGGAGGCCCAGGCCCAGGGGGACCCCGUGGCCACGGCCAUCAAGGAGCUCAAGCUGCAGACAAACCACAUCACCAUGCUGCUCAGGAACCCCUAUGUGUUAUCUGAAGAGGAAGAGGAGGAGGAUGGUGCUGACAUAGAGAAGGAAGAAACAGAAGGACCAAAGGGAAAAAAGAAAAAGAAUAAAACCAAACAGUUGAAGAAGCCUCAGAAAAACAAACCCUUAUUGGUUGAUGUUGAUCUCAAUUUGUCUGCCUAUGCCAAUGCCAAAAAGUACUAUGAUCACAAAAGACAUGCAGCCAAGAAAACUCAGAAGACAGUGGAAGCUGCAGAAAAGGCUUUUAAAUCAGCUGAGAAGAAGACAAAGCAAACCCUGAGGGAAGUCCAGACUGUCACCACCAUCCAGAAGGCCAGAAAGGUCUAUUGGUUUGAGAAGUUCCUGUGGUUCAUCAGCUCUGAGAAUUACCUGGUGAUUGCUGGCAGGGAUCAGCAGCAGAACGAGCUGAUCGUGAAGCGCUACCUCAAACCAGGGGACAUCUACGUGCACGCGGAUCUGCACGGAGCCACCAGCUGCGUCAUCAAGAACCCCUCAGGUGAGCCCAUCCCGCCGCGGACGCUGACGGAGGCGGGGACCAUGGCCCUGUGCUACAGCGCUGCCUGGGACGCGCGCGUGGUCACCAGCGCCUGGUGGGUGUCCCACAGCCAGGUUUCUAAAACUGCCCCCACGGGAGAAUAUCUCACUACUGGCAGCUUCAUGAUCCGAGGGAAAAAGAAUUUCCUUCCACCUUCCUAUCUGAUGAUGGGCUUCAGCUUCUUGUUUAAGGUGGAUGAGAGCUGUGUCUGGAGGCACCGCGAGGAGAGGAGGGUCAAGGUGCAGGAGGAGGAGCUGGACACGGUUCCCAGCAGUGCCAGUGAGCUGCUGGCUGAGGACGUGGAGCUUUUAGAUGGAGGAGACAGCAGCAGUGAGGAGGAAAAAGCCGAGGCUGGGGAAGCUCCAGGGGAUGUGGAAGCUCCAGAGGAUGUGGAAGCUCCAGAGGAUGUGGAAGUUCCAGAGGAUGUGGAAGCCACAGCUGAGAGCACCCAAGAGGAGGGCAGAGCUGAGCAGGAAGGAGGGAACACUCCUGCUCCAGAGGCUGACUCCGAGGAGGAGGAGGAUGGAGACUCUGAGGAGGAGCAUCCAGAGCCCAAGGGGGAGGUGAAGGAGGAAGAGGUGAAUUAUCCAGACACCACAAUCGACCUGUCACACCUUCAGCCCCAGAGAUCCCUGCAGAAGAUCAUCCCCAAAGAGGAAGAGCCCAGCUUGGGUGACAGCAGGGCCCAGGGCCGGAGGCACCUCUCUGCCAAGGAGAGGAGAGAAAUGAAGAAAAAGAAGCAGCAGAACAACUCUGAGAACUCGGAGCUGUGUGAAGAGAAGCAGAAGGAGACAGAGCCAGAGCCCCAGCCUGUGGCUGCUCCCAACUGCCCCAAGGCAGCUCCAGCCCCCCAGCCCAUCAAGCGGGGCCAGAAGAGCAAAAUGAAGAAGAUGAAGGAGAAGUACAGGGACCAGGACGAGGAGGACCGGGAGCUCAUCAUGAAGCUGCUGGGGUCUGCAGGCUCCAACAGGGAGGACAAAGGGAAAAAAGGCAAGAAGGGGAAGACAAAAGAAGAGGCAAAGAAGCAACAGCAGAAACCCAAACCCGUGCAUCGUGCAGCAGGAGGGGGCAAGGAGACCCUCCCAGCAGGAAUUGUGCUGCACGAGGCACAGGAGCCAGCCCUGGAUGAGCUGCAGGAGGACAAGGAGGAGCAGGACCAGGAGCAGCCAGGACUGGAGGAGAGCGAGGCCCUGCUGGACUCCCUGACGGGGCAGCCCCACCCCGAGGACAUCCUGCUCUUCGCUGUCCCCAUCUGUGCUCCCUACACAGCCAUGACCAACUACAAGUAUAAAGUCAAGCUCACCCCGGGCACGCAGAAGAAGGGCAAAGCUGCCAAGAUUGCCUUGCACAAUUUCAUGCAGUCCAAAGAAGCCAGUGCCCGGGAGAAGGAUCUGUUCCGCAGCGUGAAGGACACAGAUCUGUCAAGAAAUAUUCCUGGGAAGGUGAAAGUGUCUGCACCUCACCUCCAGAACAUGAAGAGGAAGUGAUUCCAUGCUGGGGGCUCUGGCCCCACACCAGACCCGGGGCUGGGACAGACAGACACAGAGCCAGGACCAGGACUGAAUUCCAGCAGCCAGGGCCUGCAUUCCUGCUGGUUUAGCUGGACUCUGAUACUACAAAUUGCAGAUAAAAGUGGAAUUAAAUUGCUGGCAUUUGGUCAGGAAUGUCCUCCCCUGCUGCUGCUUCUCUCUUUGAGCGCUCGUUCCCCUCUGCUGGGCCAAGGCUCUGGAAUUUGGGGCAGGAAAACUCCAGGGUGUUCAAUUCCAGAGCCUCCAGGAGGGCAGUGCCAGUGGAGAACGCUUCCUUUGGGAAGGUGGAAUCUUGUUUCCCCCCAAACAUCCCCUGGCUGUGGAGAGAGGAAGGUGCAGGCUCAGAUCCCCCCAGCCCAGCUGUGCCAGAACCUGUGGAGGGGAGGAAGAGCAGGGCUGGGAGUCAGGAUAAACCCCCAGGAUCUCAGGAAUUACAGCACAGGAAUUGUUCUACAAGUCAACGUUUUUAAUUAGUUUUUGAAGACAGCUUAAAACAUGAUUCCCCCUUCCCCACAGCAGCACAGCCUGGCCCUGUCCCCCGUGUCCCCUCUCCAUGUCCCUGCAGCCAGGGGACAUCCCUGGGGCUAUUCCAGGGGCAGGGAACAGGCACAAACUCUCAGUUACACUCGCAGGGCAGAAUAUCUGCUACCUAAGGUUCACAACUGAAGUUCCACAACAUAAAAAUUCCAAAAAAAAAAACCAAAACCAAA